AUUUUUGCUCAGUAUUAAUUUUGAAUAAUGUCUGUAGCAUAUGUUUUAAUAUUAGGAGGAACCGGAGGAACAAAAAUAAAAAAGAAAGUUCCUAUUAAAAUUAUUAAGAAAUUCAGCGCAGAAAAACACGUGCCUAACCAAAAGUAUAAAUUAGAAGGAGAACCUCAAACAGAAUGUAUUAUUCUCUUUAUGGCAGAAAACGAAAAAGAGUUGGAUCUUAUCAUUCAGAAUCAUCGACCUCGACAACUUUUAAAUAAAUUACUACAUUCCGCUGCAGAAACAACUGAUGAUGAAAAGAAACCUUCUAAUUCUAGUCGCAAACGGCAGGCAACACAAGAGAAAAUUCCUCAAACGGUAAAGAAGCGUCUAGAAAAUUUAAAAACAAAGAAUAAUAACCGGCUUUUGGCGAAAAGUGAUAUUAUUCAUAUUUCAGAGAAAGAACCAUUAUAUCAAGAUAAUACAAGUGGUGAACAUAAUAUGAUUAAUGUUUCUUCAAAUAUCAAGACUAACGAUACAAAUAUUGAAAAUGUACAAAAUAAAAUUGAAUCCUUGGAAAAAGAGAAUGCAUCCUUUUUCGAGGAAAUAAAUAUGUUAAAGGAUAGCCUGUUAAAGAAAGAUCAUGAUUUGUCAACUAAAGAAAAUGUAAUAAAUUUCUUGGAUGAUGAAGUACAAAGAAAUCUUCAAAAGUCCAAUCUUCGAAAAUUAAAUAUGGAAUGGCAAAAAACAGGACUCGAUAAAUAUAAGACUUUAUUAGAAGUUCAUAAAGCGACCGUAGAAAAAUCUUCAGCUUCCCAAGAAGGCAGUAAAUACCCAGCAAUUGGAUUUAUUACAGAAGAUGACACUCAGGUUCAUAUUGGUAAAGGAUUAUACUUAUCAAUGCAGGCAUGGACUUUAGCUCUUCAUGUGCCUAACAAUAGACAUAUUACUUUCGCCAAAAAUAUUUUGGUUGCACUUUGCGGAUACGAUUAUUUAUCAGAGACCACUGUUACUGGCAAGGGGAGUAAUAGGAAUAAGCAAACUAAAAAUCCUAACAAAAGGCUGGACCCGAAAAUUUUACUUGCUGUUAGAGAUUUCUACAGUUAUUAUCUGGUUACGGAAAAAAAGUGGAAAGAAGAAGAUGCUGAUGUUGCUGCAGGCAAAGUUCAUCUUUAUAUUAGCAAGAAAAUAGCUCAAAUUAAAGAAAUGAAAACAAAAGCGUAUGCAGAAAAAAAUCAACGAAAUCUCCUUGGGGUAGAGGAAGAAGAGAAUGUCGACACUGCAACACUAACUGAAAGAGUUUCCGAAUCCGAAGAAAUUGAUAAUAAUCAAUCGGUUUCCAAAGAAGAUGUCACAGGAAGUGACGUUUCUAUGGAAAAACGAAAUAUAGCAAAUGUGCUAAACCUAAGUAAUGUUGAAAUUGAAAAUGAUAUAGGAAACGAGGAAAAAAUGUUUCUUUUAAACUUGGAUGAAAGUGCACUGCUUGAUUCUCACUUGAGUGAUGAAGAAGACAUUUUGCUGGAUCCUCUACAAAUGAGCAGCAACGUUUAAUCUUUAAUUAAUAUAAAGUUAAAAGAUUUUUUAUCGUUUGGCUACUUAACUUUUUAGUGUGAUUCCACAAAAAGGUCAUCACUUCUUGGAGCAUAAUAACAAAUGUUUUUUAAAAAUAGUAUUAUAUUUAUGAGGACAAAGUUUAAAAGAACUAAAUGUUUUAAAUUAAAAUAACUAUUAUAUGACUUCAAAUUUAAAACUAAUGAAAAUUUUAAAAAUUGUUAUAUCUUUUUAAAAAUUUAAGGUAAAUAAGUGUAGUGUGUUGCAGAAAAUUAAGAAAAAUGAAACUACCAGGCAAUUAUUAUCUCUUAAUAUUUUAACAAUAACAGUCAACUAUUAUUUUGUUAAUUGCGAAAUAUAAAAAAAUUGUUUUUAAGCUAUUUGAGAAGCAAUAAAUGUAAUAAUGACAAAUUUAUUAAGAGUAGCCUGAAAAGUAGUAAAUUUCUCAGGAAAUCGCACUUUAAUGAUUAUAUUUGGAUAUAUUUUAUCUCUAUUUUAACAAAAAUAAGAUCUCAUUUUAAUUUUAAAUUAACUGUCACUUAAAACCGAAUCAUUGUUUAAUGUUAUGCUAAAUUGAAAUUUAUUUUCAUCUACAGUAUUUAAAUAUUGUUAGUAUCUUUCUAUUUUAUGUGAUUAGUAAUUUUAUGUAUUAAUAUAAUACGAAUACAGUCAUAAUGCUUAAAUUAAGAUUAAAAAGACUGAUAAAUGUAUGAAAACGUGAAGUAUUAUUAGUAUUAAAAAGAAAUAUCUUUGAUUAUUUAUUGUAUUCUUCGUUCAAUCAACAGAUACAUCGUGGUUGGAGCCCUAAAUGUUUCAUAAAAAAACACGUUUAAAAAUGAAUAACUUUUCUACUAUGUAUGUUUUAAAUUUAAUUUUAUAAAAAUUUAAAGCAAAAUUAAAUAUUUUAUUAUCGCUUUAAAUUUAUUUG